AAGCGUCCUCUCGCUAGGGGGAAGCCAGAGGAAUCGAGGGUCAACUUUACGCAGCCACUUUCGCCGUCAGUUCCCGCGUGGAGUACACAUGAGACACACGCCUUUAUAAUCCUUCAACACCAAAAACAAACAAAGUUAUACAUCUAGUUAUUAAAUAAUAACAUGAAAAAUAAUUUGUGAUAACAGUUCUGUGAUUUAACGAAUAUUUUAUGAGAAUAAGUUUAAGUAUUUAGAAAAAUAUUUUAAAUCGUGAUAGAGACAAUUAAGAUUAACUUAAAAACAUGGUUAUUUGUGCAAAGUGGUUGAUUUUGAUUGGAAUAACAGCGUUGCAGGUUUCCGAUUCAAAUUGUCAACGAAACCAGGAGAAGAAGGAAAAGAAACCACAAUCAGUACGAGACUUGCUCAACACAACGUCAUGCAUCCCGCCUCCAUACCGGUGUCCGCAUCCGAAAAUGCAUUUUUAUUUGUACACAAGAAAAACGCAAGAAAAAGGCGAGCUCCUGAACACGCUCGACAACGAUUCCCUCACGUAUUCGAAGUUCAACCCCAUUCAUCCGACCAAGAUAGUGGUGCACGGCUUCGGCGGCGGUCGGAACCUGUCUCCAAGCACUGACAUGAGGAACGCUUACUUCACCAGAGGCAACUACAACAUCAUCAUUGUGGACUACGGGUCGCUCGUCAAGGAGCCGUGUCUUAGUCAGAUAGAAUGGGCUCCGCGUUUUGCUGGGAUGUGCAUAGCGCAGCUGGUCGACUACCUGCACUUCCAUCCAGUGAAGCCAGUCGCCCCAGAGCACCUGCACACAAUCGGGUACAGUGUGGGUGCUCAUAUCCUGGGACUAGUAGCCAACUACGUUACUGAUGGGAAGCUGGGAAGAAUUACCGGGCUAGACCCAACGAUAUUGUUCUACAUGGGCAACAACCGAUCCCGAGACCUGGACUACACAGACGCGUUGUUUGUGGACAUCCUCCACACGGGGGCCGGGAUCCUAGGCCAGUGGGGGCCAAACGGCCACGCUGACUUCUACGUCAACGGGGGGUCCAGCCAGCCUGGAUGCGCGCACGACACUAUCUUUCAAACAUUAUCGUGUGACCACACCAAAGUGACGCCAUACUUCAUAGAGUCGAUCAACAGCCGCGAGGGGUUCUGGGCAGGACCCUGUUCCAGUCUGUUCUCAUACCUCAUUGGCUGGUGCGAGCCCAAAGACUCGGAGUACGUGCUGAUGGGAGAGCAUCUUACGCACAAGGCUCGUGGUGUCUACUACGUGACCACCAACGCCAAACCUCCAUAUGCCAGAGGGUUCCCCGGGAAGACUAGACGCCUUAGAUCUGUUUCACCAUACAGCUGAUAACGAUUUAUAAUUUACAUAUUACCAUACCAUAUGAAAUAGGUACAACUGAAAAACCUCAUAACAAC